AUGCCCGGAGGCGGUGACUUCGGUAAGAAAAAAGACGAUAAGAAGAAGGAGAAACCAAAGUACGAACCGCCAGUGGAAUCAAAGUUUGGUAAGAAGAGAAGAAAGGGCCCAGACACGGCCGUGAAGCUCCCAAGUGUAUAUCCAAGUACGAGAUGUAAGUUGAAGUUGUUGAAGUUGGAGAGAAUUAAGGACCACUUGUUGUUAGAGGAGGAGUUUAUUGCCAAUCAGGAAGCAUUCCAGCCCACUGAAGCCAAACAAGCAGAAGAAAGAGAAAAAGUCGAUGAAUUAAGGGGCUACCCCAUGUCGAUUGGUACAUUAGAAGAGAUUAUUGAUGAUGACCACGCCAUUGUGUCGAGCACGGCUGGUUCCGAGUACUAUGUGUCUAUUUUGUCAUUUGUCGACAAGGGCCUCUUGGAGCCCGGAUGCUCGGUUCUUUUGCACCACAAGACUGUAUCGAUCGUGGGUGUUUUGCAGGACGAUGCAGACCCCAUGGUCUCUGUGAUGAAGUUGGAUAAAUCACCUACAGAGUCCUAUGCUGACAUUGGAGGUUUGGAGCUGCAGAUUCAGGAAAUCAAGGAGGCAGUCGAGUUGCCCUUGACCCACCCGGAAUUGUACGAGGAAAUGGGUAUCAAACCUCCAAAGGGUGUCAUCUUGUACGGUGCCCCAGGUACCGGUAAAACCUUAUUGGCCAAGGCUGUUGCCAACCAGACUAGUGCUACGUUCUUGAGAAUCGUGGGAUCUGAAUUGAUCCAGAAGUAUCUCGGAGAUGGCCCAAGAUUGUGUAGACAGAUCUUUCAAAUCGCAGGCGAAUUAGCACCUUCCAUUGUGUUUAUCGACGAGAUUGACGCCAUUGGUACGAAAAGAUACGACUCCACUUCCGGUGGAGAGAGAGAGAUCCAAAGAACCAUGUUGGAGUUGUUGAACCAAUUGGACGGUUUCGACGAUAGAGGAGAUAUCAAGGUCAUCAUGGCCACUAACAAGAUCGAGUCAUUGGAUCCUGCUUUGAUCAGACCCGGAAGAAUUGACAGAAAGAUCUUGUUUGAGAACCCUGAUUCCAACACAAAGAAGAAGAUUUUGACGAUUCACACUUCUAAAAUGAGCUUGGCUGAUGAUGUCAAGCUAGACGAGCUUGUGACGUCCAAGGACGAUUUGUCUGGUGCAGACAUAAAGGCCAUGUGUACGGAGGCAGGAUUGCUAGCCUUGAGAGAGAGAAGAAUGCAAGUCAAGGCAGAGGACUUCAAGGUGGCCAAGGAGAGAGUGCUCAAGAACAAAGUGGAGGAGAACCUCGAGGGCUUAUAUUUGUAG